CUGCAUCUGCGCAGUGUCUGCUUUACCUGCCCGAGAAAUGGGAGACGGCAAAGCUGGGAGCCGCGGACACUGACAGCGCAGUUCGCCUGGAUGCGGCGCAAAAGCUUAAGAUAAUAAAAACACACAAGAAGCGACACUUUACUGAGGGCCAUCAUGUUCAAAAAACUGAAACAGAAAAUAAAUGAGGAGCAGUCACCACAAAGGAGUGCCCAGUCACCACAGCAGGCCCAGGUGAGCUCAGGUGAGAGGCGUGGUCAACCACCUGGCCUGCACCUGGAUGCCUCGCCCACCCCGAGUGACAGAGAGCUGCUGGCCGGGAUGAUAGCAGAGCCUGCUUUUCUCUCUGAAUAUACUAUCUUUGCUCUGGACCAUUCAAAACGACCCAAAGCGGCCCAGGUGCCCAGUGCGAGCAUCGCGAAGGCUGUGGGUAGCUCUCCAAGAGGCAGUGUGAAUGGAGAUGGAGCUGCCUCCCCUUUGAGGGACGAGCCACAGUCCCUUGCGCAGAAGCUGCAGCAGCGCGUGUCCUCAGUGGAGUCUCUCUUUCGAAGUUCGGGCCGUGCCGAGGGCCUCUUCCGCUCCGGCUCCAGGGAAAGUCUGGUCCGCAGCCCUUCCCGGGACUCCCUCACCCCGCUGGGCGACAAUGAGGCCACCCCCGCCUACGACCCCCCCUCUGACAUCGAGAGUGAGGCGGAAGACUCUCCUGGAAAUGCAGAGGCUCUUUCUAAAGAGCAGCUCCUGCAUCGCCUGCACAGGGUGGAGAAGAGCCUGGCUAACUACAGGGGGAAAUACUCUGAGCUGGUCACGGCCUACAGGACGGUACAGAGAGAUAAAGAGAAAACGCAGGCUAUUCUCAGCCAGAGCCAAGACAAAGCACUACGGAGAAUAGGAGAGCUCAGAGAGGAGCUGCAGAUGGAUCAGCAAGCCAAGAAGCACCUGCAGGAGGAAUUCGAUGCUGCUCUAGAAGAAAAAGACCAGAUGAUCACUGUGUUGCAGACCCAAGUGGCUCUUAUGAAGAAACGGCUGCAUGGUGUUCCUGGAGCUUUGGUCUCCACUGAGGGAGAAGCCCAGCCCACUGAUGCUACAGAGGUGACCUCUGACCCACAAAGUCCUGCUCAAGGGGACAGCGCUGAACUGAAUGAAGCAGGGGGCAGCGGUGAGCCAAGCGGCGCUGCGGAUGUGGAAGCGCUGCAGAAGCGGGUGCUGAGGCAGGAGACGCUGCUUCAGCGCUGCAAAGAGCUGAUCCGCACCAGCAAAGAGCGCAGCGCCCAGCUCAGCAGCGAGAACGAGGCACUACAGCAGCAGCUGCAGGAGAGACUGCAGGAGCUGGAGAAGAUGAAGGAUCUUCACACUACGGAGAAGACCAAGCUGAUCACACAGCUGCGCGAUGCCAAGAACCUCAUCGAGCAGCUGGAGCAGGACAAGGGAAUGGUGAUUGCUGAGACGAAGCGGCAGAUGCAUGAGACUUUGGAAAUGAAAGAGGAAGAGAUUGCUCAGCUGCGCUCCAGGAUCCAGCAGGCUGUGGCCCAGAAGGAGGAGCUGCAGGAGCAGAAGGAGAAAGCAGAGAAAGCAGCGUUUGAGGAGCUGGAGCGAGCUCUCGGGGUGGCCCAGCGGGCAGAGGAGGCGCGGCGCCAGCUGCAGGCUCAAAUGGAGGAGCAGGUGAAGCAGGUGGAGCGGGCAAGUGAGGAGGAGAGGAGGAGUCUGCAGCAGGAGCUCAGCAGGGUCAAACAGGAGGUGGUCACCAUCAUGAAGAAAUCUACAGAAGACAGGAUAUCCGAAAUGGAGCGUCUGCAUUCGGAGGCUCUGGCUGAUAAAGACAAAGAAAUAAGUGCCCAGAUAAACCAGGCAGUGGAGCAGGUUCGAGAGGAGCUGUCACAUACGGCUCAGGAGAAGGAGCAGCAGGCCUCUCUGGCUCUGGAGGAAGCAGAGCUGCAGAAGGCCGCCCUGCAGGCUGAGGCCGAGGCCAAAGCCAAGGACCUGCAGCUCGAGCUGGAGAGCGCCAGAACUAGAAUUCUUGAGCUGGAGAGUUCUCUGGCCAAGAGCUCACAGGAGGAGGCUACCCACUCAGAUCAGCUUUCGGCAGAGAUUGAAGAACAGAGGAAGAAAUAUGAAGCUGAGCUAUCUGCUCUAGAAGAGAGGCAUCAGCAGGAGCUGGAAAGAUGGAAGACCGAGCAGGCAGAGGCUUUGAACCAGCAGCACUCCACUGCGAUUGAAGAACUAACGCAGAAACACAAAGCUGAGAUUGAGACUCUCUUGAAAGAAAAAGAAGCAGAGUUUCAUGCCCAUGUUGAAGAUAUAAAUCAGAAAACAUUGGAGAAACUGGAUGUUAAACAGACUGAGCUGGAAGCCUUGUCCUCUGAGCUGAGCGAACUGCAGAAGAGUAAACAGGAGCUGGAGGAAAAGCUUGCGGCCGUCGAGGCUGUUAAAAACUCUGCUCAGCAAGAGUUUGAGGUGAGACUGAAGGAAGAACAGUUGAAACAUCAGACCGAGCUUGAAAGCAUCAACCAUCAACAUGAGCAGACGCUUGGAGGAGUGGAAAACAGUCUGAAAGAAGAUCUAAAUCAACUAAAGUUGGCGCUGGAAGAGAAGGAGAAAGAGCUUGAAGAUCAUGUUCAAAAGGGAAAAAGUCUGGAAGAAGAUGCCAGACAGGCUCGACAGGAUGUUGAAGCACAGCUGAAGGGAAUGGAAGAUCUCCGGCAUGCGGCACAGGGUGAAAAAGAGGCCCUUGCUGAGGCAAACAGUCAUCUGAACUCAUUAAAGGGGGAAUUGGAACAGUCAAAGAAUCAGCUGAACGAGCUGGAGAAGCUUCUUGAAGCCAGUCGCAGUGACUGUCACCAGAAAGCAGACUGUCUUCAACAGAAGACUAUUGAAAAUGAAGACCUUCAGCAAAGGGUACAGAAAGCCAUCAGUGAUCUGGCUAAAAAAGAGAAGUCACAUGCUGAAACAUGCAAUGCAAUGCAAGAGGAGCAAAGCCAGUUAAAGAAGCAGUUGGAUGAGGAGAAAAGUUCCUACGAGAAAAGAUUGGAGAGCCUACAAAAAGAAAUGGAUAGCAAGUUGAAAUCCCAGGAGACCAAGAUGGAAAAAUUCAAACAGAAAACCAAAGAAAUGCAAGAAAAGUUUAAGAAAAAGCUUCAUGAGCAAGAUGAAAGCGCCAAAGCAGAGCUAGCCAAGAAGGACGAAGAGCUUCGGCAGAAGGACCAACAGGUAAAAGACAAGAUCCUUGAGAUGGCCCAGACAAGCUCAGAAGGUCUCAGCAAUGCUUUGUCUGAUUUAGAGAUGAAUCACAAAGAGCAGUUAGAGAAGCUUCAAGGAGCCCACAAACAUGAGCAAGAGGACCUUCUGCGCCAUUGGCAGGAGAAGCUAAGCCAGCAGGAGGAAGAGUUGCAGGAGAAACAUGCGCUCACUUUGCAAGAAAAAGUGCAAGAUUUGGAGGAAAUCUCGCAACAGCUUUCAGGCAGCAGAGAAGAGAAGAACAAGGUGGAGCUGGAGGUGAAGAACCUUAGGGAAGACCUUGCAAUGAGGGAAACCACUGUACAGAAACUUCAAGCAGAGCUCAGGGAAGCUGCGGUCAAGCUGGAAAAUCUGUCCGAGGGAGAAGACUUGCUGAAAAAGCAGGUAGAGACUGUAGAGAAGAAUCUUAACCAGGCCUUGACUGAGAAGAACCUCUUUCAGGACCAGCUCAGUAAGGCUGAAGAGACCAGUAAAGAAAGAUUACAAGCCUUGUCUGAAGAGCUAGAAGACACACGCAUGAAGCUUAGUGUACUUGAAGCUUCCAGGAGUAAGGAAGGUGAGGACCUGCAGAGGACCCUUGAAGAGAAAGCCGCGGAGCUUCUGACGAAGGAGAAAGAGUUUCAGUCGCAAAUCUGUGCUAUGAGCAAGGAGCUGGAGCAGCAGUGUGAAGGUGUGCAGGCAAUAUUAAAGGGAUUCUCAGACGAUCUUUGCAAUAAAGUGGAGGCCAAAGUCAGCGACCUCCAAAAUAGGGUCAUAUAUAAUCAGAAGAAAGUGUCCCAUCUUAAAAAUGUCAUCGUGGCCAAGAACGAUAAAAUUGGUACUUUAGAGAAAGAGCUUCAGCGAGCCAUAGAGGAGAGCCAGAGCAUGAAGAGCUCUCUUGACCAGAUGGUUCUUCAGCUAAGCGCGAAUUCAGAAACUCUUAAAGCCUUAACAGUUGAGAAGGAGUCUUUGCAAAAAGAUGCUACCAAUUACUCCCAAGUACUUUCUGAGAAAGUCGUUUGUAUAGAAAAACUUGAUGAAGAAAACAAAAACAUAUCAGAGAAACUUAAAGCAAAUAUUUUGCAUAUCAGUUACUUGGAGGGUAUCGUAGAUGACCUGAAGACCCAGUUAGCACGUAGCAUAACUGAAAAGGAGGAAGCCAUAUCUCUGCUGAAUCAGCAGCACAGUGAGGAGAAGCAGAGUCUCAAAAGCCAAAUGGAGGAGACGGUGGAAAGGGUGGAGAAAGAAAAGAGCUUGGCUCUUGAGCAGGUCGACACUCUCAGGAACAAGAUGUCGGAGCUGAAAAAGAAAGCGGAGUCCAAGUUCACUCAGAACCACAACACUGUCAAGUCUCUCCAAGGUAAGAUAGAGGACAUGGAGAGACAGAUAUCGGAGAAGGACGAGCACCUUCAGAGACUCACUGCCAGCAUUGACAAUCAGUCUAUUAGUAAGUCAGAGAUGGACCAGGUGCUGAGCGAGAAAGAGCAGAAGGUAAGUGCCUUGACCUUAGAGUUGGACAACUGCACGAGGAAAGUCGGCGAGUUAGAGGAACGUCUUGAAUUACAGACAAAAGAACGGGAACAGCUAGCGGCCGAGUUGCAGCAGCAUUGUAGCAUCAGGGAGAGUGAGAAGACGGAGCUGAUCCAGCAGCUCCAGCAAGCCCAGGAGCAGUGCUCUCAAAGAAGUGAGCUUGAGGCAAAGCUUCAGUCUUUGGAGAGCAAGAUCCAAGAUGCCAAGCAACAAAUGGAGAUCCAGCAAGGAGACUUUGAGAGGGAGAGGGCAGAUUUACUGAAAGCAAAAGAUGAGGCUUUGAAGGCGGCCGAGGAGAGCGCAGGGAAAGCCACCGAGCUGAAGAAGAAAGCCGAGCAAAAAAUCGGCUUGAUUCGGAAACAGCUGGCCUCUCAGGUUGAGGAGAAGGAGCAGGUCAUCAAGGGUCUGCAGGCACAACUGGAGGAUGUCAGGCAGAAGCAGAAUGAGAGGGAACAGCAGAUUGUGAGGUUGGAGGAGAAUGGGAGGAUCAUGGAGGAGGCCAUGAACAACCUCAAGGAAGAGCACUCAAAGCACCUGGAGCAAGUGCGACAUGAUGAAGAGUUACAGCGAGAGAGCUCGUCGCAAACUUUGAAGGACAUGUAUGAGGAGAAGUUGGCCGCUCUUCACAAAGACGCGUCUUCCAAAGAGGAGUUGGCCGCGGCAAGACAGGAGGAGGCCCUUUCGAAGCUCAGGGAGCUGGAGGAACAGAGUACUGUCCACCAAGCUGAGAUCAGCAGGCUUGAAGCAGAACUUUCGGAACAGACCACACUGGUCCAGGAGCUUCAGAAGACCUGCUCAAAUCUCCAGGUCCAGCUUAAGGAGAAAGAGGCCAGUGCCAUACAAAGGGAAGAAUGCUCUGUGGAGCAGACUAACAGUGUCUUAGCAAUGGAGCCUGUGAGAUCCGUUACGAUAGAAGAAAGGGACGCAAACGGGAAAGAAGAGGACUGGAAGACUGAGAAGGAUCUCUUGGUGAAAGAGUACGAGAUGAAGCUUCAGGAACUUAGCAGAAGCCUGGAAGAAAAAGAGGACCAGCUUAAAGCCCAGCAGAGCUCACAAGGGGAACUCAGAGAGGCCAAUGUUCUUACCGACGAGUCCAAAGGCUCGGAGAACGAUCUAGAAAGAAAACUGAUGGAAGCAGAGAACGAGAAGCAGAAGAUCCAGAAAGAUUACACCCGACUACAGAAAGACCUCCGCUCGUUGAGGAAGGAGCAUGAAAAGGAGCUGGAAUACCUGAGGAAAGAAGUGGCAGAGGAGAAUGAACAGAAGCUGAAACUUGAAAUGGAAGACAUGGAAAUGAAACACAACUCCGCUCUUAAGCAGUUGAUGCGGGAGUUCAACACCCAGAUGGCUCUGAAAGAGAAAGAACUUGAAGCUUCAGUAAAGGAAACCAUUGAAAAAGCCCAAAUUGUGGAAGCACAUCUCAUAGAAAUCCAUCGAGAGGAGGCCAGUCAGCUCCAGAAGGUAAUCGCCCAAAAAGAAGAUGAUCUGAACAGAACUGUCCAGCGUUACGAGCAGGUCAUUCAGAGCCGAGAGGAGGAGAUGGGCACUCGCGUGUGGGAGGUGCAGAAAGAGCUGGAGGAGUUGCAGCAGAGGAGCCUCAGCGGUCCUCAGGGUCUUGAAGAACUUCAGGUCCAGCUUGCUGAGAAGACCACCCUGCUGAGUGAAGCCAGGCUGAAAGAGCAGGAGUACCAAAACAGGAUUCAUACUCUGGAGGACACGAUAAAAAGUGCUUAUAAAAACUCUGUGGUGACUCACCUGGGAAGCACAUACAAAGAACCCGCACACUACAACGCCGAUCCCCUCUCCGAGCACACCGAGUUCGAGUACCUGCGGAAGGUCAUGUUUGAGUACAUGAUGGGACGAGAGACAAAGACGAUGGCCAAAGUCAUAACUUCCAUGCUCAAGUUUCCGCCGGACCAGGCGCAGAAGGUUCUGGAGCGUGAGGAUUCUAGAUUGAUGCCGUGGCUCCGCUGAGGUGGAACCCAGAGGGAAAGAUUGUGCUGCUGCUGCCGACUGUUCUGACGGUUUAGAACUGAUAUUAAUGACUAGAGAACCCUUCCUUUAUGUGUGUGUGAGCGAGCGAGAGAGAGAGCGGGAGAGUCGGAGUGACUGAAUUAAAGUGAUUUAGAGAGUAAAUGAGUGAAUGAGAGAGUGAGAGAGUGAAUGAAUGAGUGAGAGAGAGAGAGAGAGAGAGAGAGACAGUGAGAAUGUAAUGUUGAUGGUAUAAGAUCUAGAUAUUUAGAUGAAAUGAAAUAUCAGAUUCAGAGAACUUUCCUCAGCUUUAGACCCGGUAAGAAAAUUCUGACUUUAUAAUUUAUUAUUUCCUUUUUUUCAUUCAGGGUAGAUUAUUUUCUUUUUUAAAUCUAGAUUUUGUAUGGAAUUAGGUUUUGUGCAAUAAGAAUGGUUUUUGUUUGUUUUGGUUUCUUGAAGGUUUUGUGUUCUUUCUUUUCUCCUUUUCGGUGAGGUGAGCGUCCCUUUAAACGUCCUCUCUGCACAGGUGUAUAUGUGGAUCAGUUAAGCGUGCGGCUCUUAGUAUUUACUCUGUUUACUACAGCUUUUUUUUUGGACCUAAUGCUGUAUUUUCUUGAGAACUGACGAAAUAUACAUCAUACUGUAAAAUAAAGUGUAAAUUAUGACUGGAAAUGAACUUAUGAAUCUGUACUUUAGGGCACAUUGUGACUGUUGCUACAUUAUUACAUUUUAAAACAACUAAUAAAAUUUUAUUUACAGUA